UUUUUUAAGAAAUCAGCUGCCGCCCGCACUCUCCGUACCGUCUCUCUCCCUUAUCUUCCAGCUCUCCUCCCUCUCUCUCUCUCUCUUACAGCUACUUGCUCAAUUUCUUCUCACACCAAACACCGUCACCACAGCUCACACCUCCGGCCGAUCCUCCUCCUCCACCGUCCUUCCGGUUCGAUCUCUCUCUCUCUCUCCUCGCGUUGGUCGCCGCUUUCUUGUUCCACGUCGCCGGAACAACUAAGGCACCAUCAGAUCUUCCACGUCCAGCUCGUGUUGUGGCGUCACAGCCUUCUUCGCGCUAUUUUCUUGUUACCUACAGUUAGUAUGACUCCUUUUGUUUACACAUGGUACAUCGGCUUAAGAUUCGAGUUCUGAAGUUUUGAAUGGUGUUAGUAUGCUGUCCAGUUGGAGUUGAGGUUCAAGUAGUAAAUCCUUGGGCCUCAUACGCUACUUGUUGCAUGAGGAUACAAAUUCAGAAAUAUGUAUCCUCCUUUCCUUCUAACAAUUUGGACGACUUGAGAUUGAUUCUAGUCCAACAGGUGCCAACAGUGAAAGACUAUCUUGUUACCAUGUCUGAUCAUAUCACAAAGUCAUACCAAGAAGGGAAUGGAGCGUCGACUCGACCCUACCAUUCAGUUUGGUUGGCUCACUGGUCACGUUCAGGCUGCAAAUCAGCAAAUGGAGCUUGCUAUAAUUUAUCAACCAGCGACGAGUCUUGUGAAGAGAGUUCUCAAGCUAAAAAGCGCUCCUUGCUGGAUGGUUCGGUGCCAGUUACUAUAACUGGAAAACUUGACAUUGGGUCUGGAAAAGUAGCAGGAGUAAGAGUAAGUGCAGAUAAUCUCAACCAUGAGAGUUUAACUGGGAGAUCUAAGAAGAGGAGGAAAGAAAGGUUAGAUUCUGAGUCCUUGCCUAUGCUCAAUGUUUCUCAGCAUAGAGGGGGUAAACUGGCUGUGAAUAUUGAACAGGCUACGGCUAGUCAAGGUGGAGAUUUGAAAUUUCACACUUGUUCUGGCUCUGGGCACAAUACUUCAUCUCUGGAUGGAAAGAGUCGAUCACUAUCACUGCUCGCAGUAGUCCCUGAAAGAGGUAAUCCUAAUAAGGAAAAGAUGAAGUCCAAGGACAUUACAGCGUAUCAACAGCAACAUGAGAAUUCCAAUGAACUUCUUAACAACAAUGCUUUAAACGUUUCACCACUUAUUGGAGAUGGGACUAUGGGAUCAGCUUCCAGCUUUAUACCAUAUGGUAUGAGUAAUAGAUUUCCAUUCGCCACAUGUGAACAAAGCAUCAACAACGAACCAAGUUCGUAUUUGUCAUCCAAAACACAGGUUGGAAAUAGUAAUUUCCACGCUUACUCUACUCUUUUUGUACAAGAGACAAAAAUCAACCAACUUUUGGAUUCAACACAAGCUACAAAUGCACUGUCAAGACAGCACAUGAGAACGUUUUUACUGCAUAAUCCAUCGUCAAACAAUCUUGACCAACCAAAUCCAUUCCCCAUACAGUGUGAUACUAGGAAAAGUAGUUCUGACACCUUACCUUUUCAAAGUCAGAGCAACCAUGCAGGAACGACCUUACCACAAUACUUAUACCAUGGAGGUUACUCAAUGCAGAGACUCCCAUUUUCUGUCCAUGACGUGGAAACUAUGAGAAUAUGUUCCACCGUGGACUCUGUUGGACAGGCGCUCAAGGUUCCUCCAAAGUUUUGUCAGACAACUCACCGUUUUAUGAUCACUAAAAAAACUGAUGUUGACUUAUAUGGAGGUCAGGAGUUUAGAGAGGUAGUGGCAUCUACCAAUCUCAAAGAAAAAACUACACGUGCUCACCUUAGUUCAUCCACUAAUUCUGGCAGACACGAUCAGAAUGAUAUCGGAGAAAAUGAAAAUCUCAGUAACAUGAGAAGCGCAACUUCUUUGAGCAAUGAAUCAUCAUCUGAAACUGAUAUUAUGGACAUGGAUGAAUACCAAGGGAACCAUUUGAGGGGUUUGGAUACAUCACAAGCAAAUAAGGGGUUGAGGAGUUCAAAAUCACCAUUGCUCUCUGUAAGUGCUGCUAGUUCGGAUAGAAAACAAAUUGAAGAUCAGCUUCCAAAGAAAAGGUUACUUGAUAUAAAUGAAAAGCCACCCAAUCGUUCGACUUCUGUGAGCUUGAUGGAAAACGAGGAGUCAAGUACCUCUAAAACACAAACUUUGGAUGUAGAACACCUCCUUCCAAAUGCCGAGCAGCCAAGAUUUUCAAACUCCAAUGUCCCUCCAGAGGACUAUUCUAAACGAGAGAGAGACAACGAGUGGGUUAAACGUCUUAGGCCAUGUGCCUCAGAGUCUGUUCAUGAUACAAAGAGUACAAAAAAGGAAGAAGACUCUCCAUCUGAUAAAGCCAAUCGACUCUUCAGUAAAAUGAAAUGCAGCUCAACCAGCUCUGACCGCUCUAGGGGUCCUCUCCGCGGACAAGAACAAUUGGCAAUCACUCAGGCAACAACUAUAGUCAAGGAUAGCAGAUCCACUAAUCGAGAAAUGAUACUCUCCAGUCCUUGGAUACGCCGAUUAUGUCAUAAUAGACCUGCGCCUUGUGCAAGAAAUCUUGAAACCGCAGUGGUUCACAAAUCGCAGGAUUCAAAACCAACACUACAUCAAGCAUUUCCCAGCAUAGCUGCUAUGGCAUUGAUGGGCAAGACGGUGACUGGGCUUCCGCCAUGUGAGUUCAUUAGGAGAGGAUCUUCUUUAGUUUGGAAUAACGAGGGAGUUUGACAUCCCCAAGUCUCUCAGGGUUCUGUCACCGUUGAUAUUUUGGAAUCAGAUUAUCCUAUGAAAUUGCCUGACCAUUAUCAACUCAAGUUUGAACUGCUAGAGAGACCACAAAUGCUGUUUUAAUGAUCUGCUAAAUUAUCAUCGACCUCCAGUCGUCUGCUUUGAACCUAAGGGCUAAAUUAAGCUUAUGGAUAAGUUCGUUACACUUCGUACCACUACCUGAAUGGAGCCAGAGGAAUGUUGUUGGCUCUUUUUACAUGAUUUUGUGCUCAAGGAUUGCUCGUCCGGGACUAAAAGGGAACCCAAGCUAUCCACUUAUUUGCAGUAAAGAAACAAGCAGGCUCGUUGUAUACAAUUCUAUAGUUUUAAGUGAUUUGUAUUCUGCGUGGAACCAUUAAAAGUGCCGAUACUGCAUUCCCCUUUCUCAAUAUAUGGUACCACUUUUUGCGUA